AUGGCGCAAGCAGAAGACGUCGAGCCGGAGACCUUUAUGGUCAUGAAAACCAUCGAAUGUUCGAUUGUUGAAGUCGAUGACGUGGAUUUGGAGCAUUAUAUUCUCUUCUGGAAGCAUGUUUGCAAGUGAGCAAAUGUUUAGAAUCAUUUGAAAAUGAGCACCAUUCAAUUUCAGGGUAAUGAGCAAAUGGGGCACUAUCUUCAGCUUCGUUGUGAAGGAUGUUACCGCCAAAUUGGAAAAGUUGACAGUGAUGAGAAUGGACGACCCGGUGGCUUACAGGUGAGGUAUUAAGAAAGAUUUCGAAACAAGUGAGAAUGAUUUCAGAACGAUUCUGACGAUGGCGUCGAAGGAAAGGGAGAACGGAACGAUUCGGAACAGAAAACCGAACCGAAGUGGAACCGGUCACGUGAUGGUGCUGAACAGGUGAGAAGGACACUGAAAUGAACUCAAAGAUGAGACCUCUAUUUUCAGAGCACUGGAGUUCGUGAUCGAUAUGCUGGACGGCGUGUUCAAGGCGGAGGAUCCCGACGCGAAAGUCUAUUCUAUCGCCCGUUCUUCGUACGACAAACACUUGUCGCAGAUCCACUCGUGGCCGGUUCGGACCGCCGUUUUCACCGCGCUUUUCACUCUCCCCAACAGGAAGGAUUUCCUGGUCCGUCUGCGCGGAGAGAUGCCUGAAUCGGAGGACGGGAACUUCCACGAGGUAUUCCAGCGGAACGGGAUAGACGUCGUCCGUCGGGUGAAUCUGCUCAUCGAAAACUUCGAGCUCUCCGACUACAAUCCCUCCGCUUAG